AUGUAUGACCGCUUUGGAGCUGAAGGUCUCAGCGAAGGCGGCAUGGGUGGCGGUAUGGACCCCCAGGACCUGUUCUCUCAGCUUUUCGGAGGCGCUGGAGGCUUCUUUGGCGGUGGUGGACGCCCUCGUGGUCCGAGGAAGGGCAAGGACCUGGUCCAUCGCGUCAAGGCGACGCUGGAGGACCUGUAUAACGGCAAGCUGACGAAGCUUGCCCUGCAAAAGCAUGUGUUGUGCGCCAAGUGUCAAGGACGUGGAGGAAAAGAAGGCGCAGUCAAGACAUGCAACACAUGUAAUGGUCAGGGUGUGAAGGUUGUAUUGCGUCAGCUCGGUCCUAUGGUGCAGCAAAUGCAGCAGACGUGUCCUGACUGCCAUGGUCAAGGUGAACAAAUCAAUCCAAAGGACCGCUGCACGCAAUGCAAUGGCAAGAAGAUUACGCAGGAGCGCAAGGUACUCGAGGUCCGCAUCGACAAGGGCAUGGAAGAUGGUCAACAGAUCACAUUCAAAGAAGAGGCUGACCAGGCGCCCAAUACGAUUCCUGGUGAUGUGAUUAUUGUGGUGGACGAACAACCACACCCUCGCUUCAAGCGUAAGAUGAAUGAUUUGUUUGUGAAUGUCGAGGUUGAUCUGCUUACGGCGCUCGCUGGCGGUCGUGUGAGCAUCCCACAUCUUGACGACCACGCUCUCUCGGUUGAGAUUCCCCGCGGCGAGAUUGUCCACCCUGGUGACAUGAAGGUACUUCGUGGCCAGGGCAUGCCGUCCUACCGCCAUCAUGAGUUGGGCGAUCUGUAUGUGAAUCUUUCAGUCAAGUUCCCCGAUAGCUUGAACGAGGAUCAGCUGCAGCUGCUCGAAAAGGCAUUGCCACCACGUCCUGCACCUGCCUCGUUGCCCAAGGAUGUGGAUGUCGAGGAUGUCGUCAUGGACGCGAUCGACGAACAUGAAGCUCAUCGCGCACGUACAGGUCCCGCGACGACGGGAGAAAUGGAGGACGAUGAUGCGGCUGGUGGUCCGCAAGUGCAGUGCGCACAGGGCUAA